CAUAUUGUGUGAACCGAGACUCGUGUUGACAUGGAGUCAACAAGCUUUACUUGAUUCUAAAAAGAGGUGCAUUUGCAGUUUUUCAUUUUUAUGACCCUUCAUGUAUUCUGUUAAGGUCACUGGUAUUAUCAGUGUUGGUCAGUGACCCAACAGUGAGCUGGGAGGCUGAUGUUAGUGACUCAGAGGAGGAGAUGAGACUUUAAAUACUAAUUUUGUCCAGCUGUCAGUUUUCAUCAGCUGUGUUUAUGUGACAACAGCAUGUGUGAAAGUAUCAUGCAUCACUGAACUAGUUUUGUUAGCAUUGUCUCUAAGUCAUAAAGAAGUCUUAUAUUCAAGUACAGUGUGCUGCACCCUGACCCCCUGUCUCUCUACUUCAGCCAUGUCCAAACUAUUCCUUAAAGGGCCGUGUGGCUGCAGCUUUUUCUUGAGCUGUCUGAAGACUGAGAUCAGUUCAUUAAACCUGUCGACUCAGGUUGGAAAAAAAAGCCUGCAGCCACAGUGGCCCUUUGUGGAACAGUUUGGGCACCCCCGCUCUACGUGCACCUGCCUCCUGGGCUUUCUGUGCUUCCUGUUUCUCUGUCUCGCAAUCAAUCGUACCUCAAGCACCUGUCCUGUGAUUACCUGACGUGCUGCACCUUUGUCACCGCCUCCCGUGUCUUUGUAGUCCUCUCUCACUCUCUUCCUAUGGUGGAAUUGUUAGGUCUUUGCUCUUGGUUUAGCGGGGCUUCAUGUUCAAACAGUGGAAAGAAAAGUACCUCGUACUUACCAUGGAGGGAAAACUGCUGGUGUGUCGUGAUGCAGAGUCUCCUCCAGACCAGGUGGUGUCACUGCAACACAACUGUGAGUCGAUUGCAGAGGGACGGGAAAUACUUGACUUGCCCAAAUUGCCUCCAGGGGGCAGGAGAGACUGCUGCUUUGCCCUCAUCCUGCCACAGGACAAGUUUCUGCUGUUGCUUGCGGACAGUCCAGAUGACUGCAAUUUGUGGAUGAAUUUAAUCAGAAAGGUCAGAGAGGGUGUCAUGUCACCUCUGACCUUUCAAAGUCAGCGCACCAUCGCUCCCUGCAUUACAGACAGAGACCCUCUGCCCAACUCAUGCAGUGACAAAGACCUGGGGUCACCCAGGACGUCUGAUGGCGCUUCUUCUCCGGCCAUGUCUCAGGUCAAUGAACGGGGGGGAUCGCUGAGAGAAAGACACCAGAACCAAGGACUGCGGAGGCCCCUGCACAGUGUGUCCGGGGCCCCACCUCACCGUGUGUCAGGAUGUCUUCGGCACGGGAACGGCAGCGAUGCCCGAGCGGUCAGAGCGUUGUGUUUGCUGAUGGGAGGGGCGGCUGGCUCCUCCGCCGUGGCGUACCUUAACUCUUGCUCCCCGGCCUCUCCGCUGGCCGGCAGAGCCCCAGAGGUCAGCCACAGUUCAGGAGGCUUCUCUGAGUUUCAUUCAGCAGCGUCGUUCCACGGCUGUGGUCAGGACGUGGACCCCCCUCACUUUAACAGCUUUGACUUUGAAGGAGACUCGGACUUUGAUGCAUUUGACUGUGGAGGAUUUGCUUUUUAGCUGUGACUAGAAAACUGACCCAUGUUGAAAACCUUAAUCCUUCCCGUGAAUGUAUUCCUAUAUAAUACAAUGGCAUCGUUAUUAAUUCAUGAAUCAAUCCUUGGGUUAUCUAUACGUCAAUUUAUAAAUUAAUGACGGUAGUGGUUCUUCCUGGCUCUGUGCCCAUGCUCCUCAGCUGAAUCAUUCAUGA